CGCUGGAGCCGUGACUCAGAAACUCAGACCUUCCCUCCGUUCAGCGGCAGAGCCUCCCGCGGAAGGAUGUGUAGAGGAGGGACCGGACGCUGUACCUCAAGUUCUUGUAGUUACGAAGGCGCUCACAGGACAUGACGACCGCGGUGGCGUAUCCCUCACGCCAGUCGAUGUCCGGGCUUGAGUGACUCUUGUUGGUGCUGCGAGUGCGUUCGGUGUUUCAGUGUGACAGAAAAAGAGGACGACGGUAGCUGUGAUCCAGCGAACAAUUUCUUUUCAAUAAUGAACCGUGAUAGAAUAUCACUGAAAAUGUUGCAUAAACUGUUUAGUGCAUGAAUCUUUCCUGCAAUCACGGAGCAGAAAUACGGAGUGCAGUUGGCUGCAUUUUUCAGCAGUGGCUUCGGAGGAGUUUGAGAAUUACCACCAUGACCACCUUCAGACUCGCAACCGCUCUUUGUUUUAUCAGCGUUGUUCAAGCUGUCACAGGUGUCUGGACAGAUGCGUGCAAGGCCCGGAGCAGGACAGAGGUUGACGUGGAAACCUGGCCCGUGAACGUGGCCAUCAAGACACCAGACGUCCCCGGGGUAACUUUCAGAAUCACUCUCAGCCAGAACCGCGCUCCGGUCGCCAAUCUCACCUUCACGCAUUUAUCUUCGCUCAACGAAAUAGUGAUGAUGGACCUGAAAAUCGAGUUCCAGGAGAUGCCAGCUUCCUCUCUCCUGGUUUUCUUCGCGCCCAGCGCCUGGAACACCGCCGUCCUCGACUGGCAGAAGAAGAGCUCGAAGCUGGUGCUCUCGCUCUCGGCCCCGGCGGAAAAAGUCAGUUACUCGAUCGACUCGGCAUUCGACGUCGAUCUCAGUCAGGUGGAUCAUGUGGCAGCCUCUUGCAUUAGGACCUGCGUGGUCGAUAUCGAUUUGGAAUGUCUCGCUGGGUCUCAGGCGGCCGAGGUGGCGUCGCGCCUGAUCCCUCCGGAGCCGCACAACCACGCGGUCGCAACCAGCAGCAUCACGUGGGCGAUUGUAGUGCUGUUCGUGUUCAUGGUCGUCGCGGCGGUGCUGUUCCUGGCCUGGCGCCACCAGCACAACAAGGUCAAGGUCCAGGCUCAGGACGUCGCCUUGCGGAAGAGGAACACGGAGAGCACGAUCAGCAAUAGCUCUGACGCGACUCACAUCAGCGUGGUUCAGCCGAGGCUGCAGUACUCCUCCAUCCUAAUGAGUUAUGACGGCCCUUACAGCGGAAGUGAUGAGGAGUCGUCGCAAGGCGCCGCGUGUGGCGGUGACCUUCCCAAGACGAGGAAUGACUAUCAUCUCAGCGGCCAGGCUUGCCUCUUGUGAUGACCUGUGUGAUGGCUGCUCUGCGGCGCGGGAAGAGAGAUCUGCUUGGCGUGUGCAUGCUAAUGCGUUCGAGCGUUUGUUAUACAAACAAUAUAUGCCAUAAAAUCA